AAAAAAAAAAACUAAUUAAAAUGUGCAUAAAUAUAGUAAAAAUACGCUGGCUACGCUACAAAAACGAAGUUGUCGAUAAGUAGAUUUAUGGUCGUAUUUUAUUUAUUCAUCUUGAAGAUAAAUGACUGUUUUGAGUAAAACUCCUACACUCUCAACUCCUAGUAUGUGGACAUUCGGAGACCUACUUCCGUCCUUCGAAUUUACAACAUUUGCUGGAGCCAUAGCACUAUGCAUGAUAGGAUUUUACGUUUUCAAGAAACUGAGUAAUGAUAGCAAUGUCGCUGUGAGGGAUUUAAGUAAAACUCACAAUUGGAAUCCUAUUAAAAUUACAGCAAAGGCUUGGUAUUGUUCAGUAUGUGAAGCCUUCCUUAUUCACGGCAUUGGAGUUUAUUGUGAUUGUUGUGGAGUAUGUGCCGACCAAGAAUGCGUCAAAACAGCCAAUCGUACCUUACCUUGUAAAUUGAUCACUUCCAACAGUGAUGUUCAGCUGCAUCAUUGGGUAAAAGGCAAUCUCCCACUAGGAGCCACUUGUCACAUAUGCAAUGAGGAUUGUUCUAUGGAACCAGGAUUAAUAGAUUUUCAGUGCUGUUGGUGUCAAAGGACAGUUCAUACAAGUUGUCUUCCACAGGCGACAGAAGCUUGCGAUUUUGGUCCAUUUAGAUCCAUGAUUGUACCUCCUUCUUGUGUUCAAGUUGCUAGACGCAAGGGAACGUUGAAUAAACAUUUAUUAUUGAGAGGUGUCAGAGAUCCUGGCUGGGAGAGAUGGUCUCCUUUAGUGGUAGUGGCUAAUAAAAAGUCUGGGAAUUCUGAUGGCGCAUUAGUUUUGUCAGAAUUUAGAAAGUAUUUAAAUCCUGCCCAAGUUAUUGAUUUAACUAACAGAAAGCCUCCAGCUGCACUACAGUGGUGUGUCCUACUGGCACCCAAGGUGGUAAGAAUAUUGGUAGCAGGAGGAGAUGGAACCAUAUCUUGGGUAUUAACUUCAUCCCACAAAUUGGAUUUAGAUCCUGAACCUUUGCUUGCAAUAAUUCCUCUUGGAACUGGUAAUGACCUAUCAAGAGUACUCGGUUGGGGCAAAGAAAACAAUCCAGAACUUGACAUGCCAAAACUAUUAAGUAACAUUCAAAAAGCCACAUUAUCACAGUUAGAUAGGUGGCAAAUAGAAGUCAUAUCAACGCGCCAUUUGGGCUUGAGAAUACCAAAUAAAACUUUCUAUAUGUACAACUACUUGAGCGUGGGUGUGGAUGCUCAAGUGGCUUUGAGUUUUCAUAAAACCAGAGAUAGUGUGUUUUAUAUUUAUGGAAGCAGGGUGUUUAAUAAACUGUUGUAUUUAUGUUUCGGAACUCAACAAGUUGUUCAGGCUGAUUGUAAAAACCUAGAGCAAAGGUUGGAUUUGUUUUUGGAUGGACAACAAGUUGCUUUGCCAGAGCUCGAAUCUAUUGUUGUACUUAAUAUAAGUUCUUGGGGAGCUGGAGUUAAUUUAUGGGGUUUAGGGGAUGGUUCUAGCAGGACAACCCAAUCUCAUCAAGAUGGUCAUUUAGAAGUUGUGGGUAUUUAUUCCUCUUUCCACAUAGCCCAGAUGCAAGUCGGCUUUUCGGCGCCCAUAAGAUUAGGACAAGCCAAAACUGUAGAGAUACAUUUGAAAGAAAAAGCACCUGUUCAAAUCGAUGGCGAACCCUGGGAACAAAGCCCAGGAAGAUUGAAAAUUACUUAUAUUAAUAAGUGUCCUGUAUUAGUUAAUCAAAACGAUAAUUGAUUUGUAUUUUAAAAAAAUCUUCAUUUACAAGUAGGUAAGUGUUUUCUCCUCAAAUUUCAUGCAUUUCUAUUGGUGUUGAUUUGGGAAAUCUUGAAUAAAUAAUGGUUCAUGGUAAUUGAAAAUAUUCUUUUAUUUUUUCUCUGAUAAAUUUCAAUUCACAACUCGUUAUUAUGGCAUAAAUAUUCAUCUGCUCAGUCAGAGGGGCGAUGACAAAUAGCUAAGACGACUUUAAUUAGUUAUGUCCUUUUAACUUUUCAAUUGAAAAGAACGAGGAGGCUCAACUUUCAAUUCCGCAGCAAGUUUUUUAUUGGUGUCGUGUUGGUUCUUUACAUAUCUUAAACCGCCUUCUUUUUUAACUUGUGCAACAUGGUUCCGCUCAGCAUCGCCGGGUACUAAAACUGGUCUACUAGGAUCUACCGGUUCCAUUUUGCGCAGGUGAUUUAUUAAAUCUUGCAGUCUCUCUUCGAAUUGGGGACCGAAAGCUUUUGGGUCUAUGGCCAUAUAUGCGGUUCCCAAGUUUGCUGGUUUGGGUGGGCCACCUGUCUCACGUCCCCAUUUCCUUAUGUGAGGACCGUAGUUGGCACCUAAAUAUAAUAAAUAACUAAUUAAACCAUAUUUCCAAUUAAAAUUCUUGCCUGCUAAUAUUCCCGAUAAAACUUCAACUAAUAUACCGAAACCAUAGCCUUUAUAUCCCGAGUUUGCUUCUGUUCCUCCAAGCGGCAUCAACUUGGCAGCUUUGUGAGCUAUCGCUGCAUCAGUUUCAGGUUUUCCUUGGUCGUUCAACGCCCAAGUAGGAGGUAUUUUUAGUCCUUUUCUCUUGUAAAGUUCGAUUUUGCCCAAAGAAACUGCCGUGGUUGCUGCGUCCAAAACAAACGAGUCUCCGUUUUUUCCGUUGGCUCCCAAAGAUAUGGGAUUGGUUCCGAGGGCUGCUUGUUUAGCUCUUAUAGGCGCCAUCAAGGGUGACGUGUUCGUAACGCUGAAACCUAUUAGCCCUUUUUCCAUGGCUUGCAAAGGAUAAAUACUCGCUAAGCCAUAAUGAUUACAAUUCUUUGCAGCUACGAAGCCGAUGCCCACAUCUAAUGCCUUUUUUAUCGCCAAAUCCAUGCAAAAAGAACCGAUGAUUGCACCCAUCGCAUUGCUCCCGUCCACUAAGGCGAUCGCUGCAGUUUCUUUCACAACUACCGGGGCAGCUUUAGGAUUCGCUUUGCCUUGUUGAAUAUCUUUUACGUAGUUUUGAAGUCUGUUCAUGCCGUGGCUGAAGUAGCCACGGUGAUCGGCUGUUACGAGAUUAUGAGCUACAACGGAAGCGGUAUCGUUUGGAGACCCGACAGCUACCAAAGAGUCUCGCAUAAAUCUUGUCGCUUCAUCGAGCGGAGUUAUUAGAACAGGAUCAUUACCAGUUGAAAAUCUUUUAUUUGAGUGACUACUCUUAAUUAUGCUUUUAGCUUUAAAUAUUUGUUUUG